AUGUCCAAGGAGCUCUCGACCCACAGCGAAAGCGUCACGGACGCGCAGGAGCGGCCGUUUGUGGAGGACCCGGCCAUGGAGAAGCGGAUCCUUCGCAAGGUUGACAUGCGGCUCAUUCCGCCCCUGUUCGUCAUGUACAUUUUGAACUACCUUGAUCGAAACAACAUUGGAAAUGCCAAAGAGGCGGGCAUGGCCGAGUCGCUCCAUCUCAGCUCCUCGGACUACUCCCUCGCAGUGUCCAUCUUCUUCAUCGGAUACCUGCUCCUCGAAGUCCCCAGCAACAUGAUCUUGAACCGGACGAGACCGAGCCUGUAUCUCCCAGGCCUCAUGAUUGUUUGGGGCGGCAUGGUAAUUGCAUACGUCGGUAUCAACACCAAGGGGCAUCUCAUUGCCCUACGCUUCUGCCUCGGUCUUCUCGAAGCAGGUUACUUUCCCGGCGUCCUCCUAUUCAUGAGCAAUUGGUACAAGAAGACCGAGCUUGCGCGCCGCUUCUCUGUGUUCUACUGCGCCUCGCUUCUUUCAGGAGCCGUAGGCGGCCUCAUUGCCGGUGUCAUUACCGAUACGAUGCAGAACCGGGGAAACUUGCCAGCGUGGAAGUGGCUGUUCCUGAUUGAGGGCUGCAUGACGAUUGGCUUCGCCAUCAUCGCAAUGUUCAUUCUGCCCGACUUCCCCGCGACGACAAAGUGGCUCACCGCCGAAGAGCGCGAAUAUGCCGUCCGCCGUCUCGAGCAAGACAACAACUCCACGCAGGCCGGCACGAUGGGCCACCUCGAAAGCUUUGUUCGCGCCGUAAAGGACUGGAGGACUUGGAUGUUUGUCCUCGCGCAAAGCCUGUGUACCUGCGCCGGCACCAUCACGUACUUUAUCCCGACUCUGAUGGCGGCGCUGGGAUACAAGGGCCAUGAGAUCCAAUACAUGACGAUUCCCAUUUACAUGGUUGCGCUCGUCAUCGUCCUGGCCUGCUGCUUCUCGUCCGACCUCCUGAACGAGCGACCGAAGCACAUCAUGGCUAUGGGCGCCAUGUCCACCAUUGCACUGAUCAUUACCGCCGCAGUUACCAACUCCAAGGCCCGGUACGCCUUUUUGGCGAUUGGUGCUUCCGGCAUCUGGGCGUGCAGCCCCUUGACUUUGAGCUACCUCUCCAACACAAUCUGCAGGCCAGCCGAGAAGCGCGCCGUCGCCAUUGGCGUUGUCAACGCGCUCGCCAACCUUUCUUCCGUCUAUGGAUCGUACAUCUGGCCGUCCAACUCGGCGCCGCGGUACAUUGCCGGCUUCUCCGUCUCGACAUCCCUCAUGUUCGGGUGCAUCGUCACCGCCGCGGCCCUCAUGUUCCUGACCAAGAAGUACCCCUACGACAACACCAAGGACGGGCGUCACGAGGAGCAGGUGGUCGCCGCCCGGGACGAGGAGGCUGCUGGAUCGAACCGUGCUUGA